UCCUCCAUUUUGCCAUUUCCCAAUGCUUCGCGGGGUCUCCAGUUUCAACCAUGUUGACGACGAUCUUCCCAAUUCCACGCCGUCAACACCGAAGAGCUCUAAGAAGAAGCAACAGAGUAGCAAUAGCAAGAACCCCUACUCAUCGAGAGGACUUGAAAAGUUCACUUCAGUCCUCUCUGAUCUCGAAGCCAGGAAAGAGAAGAUCAUGGCGAAGAAAGGAUUAAACGGUAACAGCGGCACCAUGGUUCGCUUCAUGUAUUCCAAUUCACAAGACUGGAUCCCAAUUGUAGUUCGGGUGCGCGAGGAGAACACCACCAAUAACAGCAAAAGCAACCCAGCCAGCCCGAAGAAGACCGCGCCGAAGCUCAAGGAGCUGUCGUCGGCUCCAUCGUCGCCGAAGGCUCAGCCAAAGCUCAAAGAGCUGUCGUCGCCGACGCUGCUGUCGCCGAAGCCGAAGGAGGAGGCGCAGCAGGAGAAGAAGGUUAAGAAGCGGGUGUCAUGGAUUGAGGGUGAGGGGGGGAAGAGGAGGGGGGAGUGGUGGAAGUUGAGGCCUUCGUACUUCAUGUUGGUGGUGGUGUUAUUGAUAUUGGUGUGUUUGGUGGUGUUUGGAAAGGUGUUUGCUAUUUGCUGUACAGCCGUUUGGUGGUAUUUGGUGCCUAAUUUUAGUGGCGCUGAUGAGAGUGGGAACGCAAGGAGAAGAAGUUUGAGUAAGGAUUAUGUGAGGAAGCUGAGCGAUAAGAGGCUCUCUGCUGCUGCCGGAGGUGGGGGAGCGCAAGAAUUGGCAUCUCCCAGAGCAAAUGGAAGUCUUGGAAAGAGAGGAUGAAGAUGAUGAAGGCCUCUCUUUGGUGUUCUGCAUGUUUUUCUUUUAUUUUUGGACAUAUCGUUUUGUGUUUUUGUAUGAUUGAUUGUUCCUCUUCAGUUUUCAUGUGGCUUUGAUCUCCCAAUCCUUUAUGUUGCCUCUGUUUUGUGUUUUUUGCAUGAGAUGUUCUCAGGCAAGGAUCGAUGUAAGCAAGUGUUCAAAGAAAGAGCAAUUUUCCUACCAACUCAUUAGU